AAGCUUUCAUUGUCAUAGCAGCGGGAGGUUGGAGGCGGUGACGCGCUGUCUCGUUUUGUUGCUCUGAGGGAGAGAGAGGUUCCUGCAGUAUAGCAGAUUUAUGAAGAGGGACGGUGUGCAGCAUUAUAAAAAAGAAAAAAAUGCAAUAAUUAAUCAAAGACAUGAACAAGUGCCAGAGUAAACCUCUUUUGAGCACGACACACCCUCCGUUGGAGACGAAGGCUCUGCAGCUCUAGAGCUCAUGGAGUUGGACCCGCUGCACAGCUUGCAGUUUGUGGAGCUUCAAGCCUUGCGGCUGCUUUGGUGAAACAGUCGGAUUUAUCGGAAGGGAAGUACCCACUACUUUUAGUUUUUAACGAUGAUCGGAAAAUUAAAGCAGAACUUGCUGGUGGCGUGCCUGGUCAUCAGCUCCGUCACUGUCUUCUAUCUCGGUCGACAGGCUAUGGAGUGCCACCACUGGAUAGAGGAACGAAGCCAGACUCCCUCUGUGGACUUUGCCAAGACCACGUUGAAGACUGGACUCAACCGAACUGCAAACCCCUUUCUUUACAACAAAGACAUGCCUUUAAUAUUCAUCGGCGGGGUCCCGCGCAGUGGCACCACGCUCAUGAGGGCGAUGCUAGAUGCCCAUCCCGAGGUGAGGUGCGGGGAGGAGACCAGGGUUAUUCCCCGAAUCCUGGCCAUGAAGCAGAUGUGGAGCCGGUCGGGUAGGGAGAAAAUGCGCCUGGACGAAGCCGGGGUGACGGACGAAGUGUUAGACUCUGCCAUGCAGGCGUUUUUACUGGAGAUCAUUGUUAAACACGGGGAGCCUGCUACUUACCUGUGCAAUAAAGACCCCUUUGCUCUCAAGUCCUUGACUUACCUGGCUAAAAUCUUUCCGCACGCAAGAUUCAUCCUGAUGAUCCGCGACGGCCGGGCGUCCGUCCAUUCCAUGAUCUCUCGCAAGGUCACCAUCGCUGGCUUUGAUCUCAACAGCUACAGGGACUGUCUGACCAAGUGGAACCGGGCCAUCGAGACCAUGUACAUGCAGUGCAUGGAGGCAGGUGAUAAAUGCAUGCCGCUGCAUUACGAACAGCUGGUCCUGCAUCCCGAGAUGUGGAUGAAGACUCUGCUGAAAUUCCUCGACGUUCCUUGGAAUGAGGCCGUGUUGCACCACGAGGAACUGAUCGGAAAAGCGGGAGGGGUGUCCCUUUCCAAGGUCGAGAGGUCCACAGAUCAGGUGAUCAAGCCUGUCAACGUGGAAGCGCUGUCGAAAUGGGUGGGGAAGAUCCCGCAAGAUGUUCUGCGGGAUAUGCCAGUCAUUGCGCCCAUGUUGGCCAAGUUAGGAUACGAUCCAUACGCCAAUCCCCCAAACUAUGGAAGACCAGAUCCUAGGGUCCUGGAUAACACUAGAAGGGUCUUUAAAGGUGAAUUUCAGCUCCCUGCUUUUCUUAAAGGACAGCCACAGACUGGACCAGUAGCAUAACAGAAAUGCAGCUCCUGGUAUUCAAUGUGGGAAAGACCAGAGCUGAAAAGAUGCCACACCUUCAGUUUUUACCUGAAUACACAGAUCUUUGUGCAGCAAUGCAAGUGCGUGUUUGUGGACUUGAGGAAGCCCUGGUUUUAGGGACUGAAAGAAUGCACUUCGAUAUUCACAAGAUUUCACUGGCUUUGUGUUGUACUGUACCAGACAUGCUGAUCACAAAACGUGGAUUCAUCUUCAUCAGCUCGUUAGCCCAGGGGCUCUGGGGUUGUACGUUGUUUUUUAUUUUUUUGCCCCUCCCACAUAUAAACUUCAGAAGUCUUGUUAAUUUAUGGCAGAAUCUAUCUCGAGGCUAUGGUAUGUAUUUGUACAUUUUUGUGUAUGAUGUGAUGCCAUCGCUACUGUUGGGAUUUUAGUUGUUUUAAAUACUGACGUUUUUCACCUGUAUCUACGAUCCAUGGUAUUUUGUAUUUUCAAAAACAAUAAAAAAAACUAAA